GCAACAUCAUCCAGGAUGCAGUUGGCAAGAUGGAUUCAUUGAAGGUAAAUACUGAAGGUGACAGGAGGCCACUACAUCAAGAUGUGGUGGUGAGUCCUCCUUCUGUCUUCCCAUAUUGGGUGGUUUAUGUAAGCAACAUCCAGUCAUUCUCCAGACGUCCAUCCUUCUAAUGUACUGAGGUGUAAAGUCGUGGUUCAGCUCCCAUAGUUUUGCAGAGGAGUUUAACGGAGGAUCAAGGAUCGCCACCGCCUGCAGGAGACUGCAACACAGGACCAUCAGAAAUGGAGUCGAAGACUGACGGCGGGCCACUGACCAGCGAGCAGUUAGCUGCUAUUGAGGAUGAAGAAGUUCUCAAUAAGAUGUUGGACUCUGCAGCAGAUUUUGAAGAGAGACGACUGAUUCGUGCUGCGUUAAGGGACCUGCUGAAGAGAAAGAGAGACAAACGGGAGCAUCAGCGAGGGUGCAGGCAGCAGGACUUGAGAGAGCAGGGUUUGAGCAAAGGAGGGACAACGGGCGUAAACGUCGGCAGAGCUUCAAUGAGCCAGCAGCCAGCAGCAAACAAGCCUCAAGGUCGGCCUUCUCCAUCAGUCUCCACUCCAUUAAACCGGACAGCAGGCAGUAAAGUUAGUCCUGUUGUUGCCUCAGCCCAGAAAAGUCCUCCUGCUGGACCACCCAAUCCUAAGAAUGUCAAACAAAUGCUUUUGGACUGGUGCAGGGCCAAAACUGAGCCAUAUGAGGGUGUUGACAUUCAGAAUUUCUCCUCAAGUUGGAAAGACGGCAUUGCCUUCUGCGCCCUGGUUCACCGGUUCUUCCCUGAUGCGUUUGAGUAUUCCAUCCUCAACCCCAACAAGCCCAGGGAAAACUUCCAGCUGGCUUUCAGCACUGCAGAGAGGCUGGCGGGCUGCCCCCCUCUGCUGGAUGCUGAUGACUUGGUCCGGAUGAAUGAGCCUGAUUGGAAGUGUGUUUACACGUAUAUCCAGGAGUUCUACCGGUGCCUGGUGGAAAAAGGCCUGGUCAAAACCAAGAAGCGAGUCUAGACUCUCAAGCAAUCAUUUAAAAUAAGUAAAUAAA